AUGGCCCCGCCCUCCUGGCGGUCCCGGCGUGCCCCGCGCGCGAUGGCGGCGCCCGCGCUGUGCCGGCGCUGCGGGCGGGCGGCGGGGCCGUGGGGCCUGCGCCGGGCCCCGCCGCUGCUGCCGCCGCCGCUCCGCCGCCGGGCCCACGAGCAGGCGCGGCGGGCGCGGGGCGCGGCGGGGCUGCUGGCGGCGCAGUGCGAGCGCGGGCUGUUCCAGGAGGUGUUCCCGGCGCAGAGCGCGGAGGAGCAGCUACCGGCGCUGCUGGAGCCGGGCCGGCCGCCGCUGGCCGCCUACUGCGGCUUCGACCCCACGGCGGACUCGCUGCACGUGGGGCACCUGCUGCCCGUCAUGGCGCUGCUGCACUUCCAGCGCGCCGGCCACGACGUCAUCGCCGUGGUGGGCGGGGCCACGGCGCGGCUCGGGGACCCCAGCGGGCGGGAGCGCGCCCGGGAGCCGCUGCCGGCGGGGCGGGUGCGCGCGCAGGCGCGGGCGCUGCGCGCGGGGCUGGAGCGGCUGUUCGGGAACCACCGGGAGCUGUUCUGGGAGCCCGGCGCCGGGCGGCUCGGCCGCGCCGCCCUGCUGGACAACGCCCGCUGGCUCGGCCGGGAGCCGCUGCUCCGCUUCCUGGGCGGCGCCGGCGGGCGGCUCCGCAUGGGCACGCUGCUGAGCCGGCAGAGCUGCCAGGCGCGGCUGCGCAGCGCCGAGGGUAUGAGCCUGGCCGAGUUCCUGUACCCCGCGCUGCAGGCCUACGACUUCCUGCACCUGCACCGGCACCACGGCUGCCGCAUCCAGCUGGGCGGCCACGACCAGAUGGGAAACAUCAUGUCCGGAUACGAGCUCGUCACCAAGAUGACAGGAGCAGAGGUGUUUGGAAUUACUGUACCUCUUAUUACCAGUACUACUGGUGAUAAACUGGGAAAGACUGCUGGAAAUGCAGUUUGGCUGAACAGGGAGAAGACUUCUCCUUUUGAGCUCUAUCAGUUUUUUGUCAGACAGCAAGAUAAUGUGGUUGAAAAAUACCUGAAACUAUUCACCUUCCUUCCUCUUGAGGAGAUUGCCCACAUCAUGGAAAUGCAUGCUAAAGAACCUGAGAAAUGGGGCCCUCAGAAACGACUGGCUGCUGAAGUAACUAAGCUUGUCCAUGGUAGAGAGGGGCUGGAAUCUGCUAAGAGGUGCACUAAGGCCCUUUACCACAGCAGUGUGGAGGCACUGGAAGAAAUGUCUGACCAAGAGCUACAGGAACUUUUCAGACAAGCAACUUCUGCUGAACUGCUGCUUGAACCUGGCAUGACUGUUCUUGACUUGUGUCGCAAAGCAAAUGCCAUUCCAGAUGGACCUAGUGGGUACCGGAAAAUUACAGACGGAGGAGUUUCAAUAAAUGGGAAUCGUGUAACUAAUCCUGAGACUGUUCUUAUUCUGGGACAGCAUAUUCUGAAGAAUGGAGUGUCAUUACUUAGAGUUGGAAAGAAAAAUUACUACAUUAUAAAAUGGCUGCAGUUGUGACAACAGAGUAUCUCCCUAAAAGGACAGGUCUCUGACUCUGCUGCUUGAAGAGGUACUUGAAGAUAUUUCUGUACUGUGCAUUACUACACAGCUCACAGACUGCCCAAGACUUUUUUCAAAAUGCACCAGAGUUCUGAUAAAGGAGCUGAGUUAUACCACUGAAGAGAUUGUGGAUACUCUGCCUUAUUCAAAGCACCAUCCAUAAGGAUCUGCAUAAGAAGAAAAUGAAAAGAUUCAUUUCAAAGUCCAGCGAUGGAGAUGUGCUUCCCCUCCUGUAACAGCCCCCUGUGUUGUAGAGGAACAGUGGCCAGUUAUUCCACAGGAAAAUGAGCCAAAGCAAACUCAAACCCACUCCUUCUUACAGCCAGUGAAAGAAUCCUUGCUGGGGGCAAAGACAACCAACCUGUGGUCAUGUUUCCCUGAACAGGAUUGCUUUGAAGGAAGCUGCAGAAAAGUCAUAAUAAAGAUUCAUAAUAAAUGAUUAGGCACUAAUGUAA